CAUUAAUUGCUUUGACCCCUAUUGUUAGUUUUUGGUUUUUCUCCUAGUUAUAAUUAUAGAUUUUAAUAAAGUAACAAAGAAUAAUCUAAAAAUUAUAAUUGAUCUUAAAUGAAUUUUUAAAGAAUUUAUUUUUGUUUAGGUUCACAAAGUACCUCGGGUGUAAGAAUUGUGAAUAUUUGUUCUGUCGCAUGCAGAAUUUAGAUUUGCCUAGUUUAAAAGAAAAACUAGAUUUCUUAAAAGAACAACUUUUGUCGGGCGAAGGAUACACCGAAGACCAAACUGAAACGCAGUUACGCACCCUUUAAGUCUCAAGUGAAAGAAAGGUAGUUGAAAGCACAUAAAAAGGAAGACGUAUUUUACAAAUACAAUGAUGCAUGGCUAAACGGAACUUUUGAGAUUCCCGUGGUUACACAAAAUCGGCCAGGUCGGCCACGUAAGUCAUUUGGAGAGUCAAGUAAUCGAACUAAAAGGAGGAAAACUGAGGAGAUUCGAUCUACUUCAGAUAAAGAAGUAAUCAUCCAUACAAGUAGAAUUGCGGAAAGCUGGAAAACGAGAUGCUUCCGAUGUACUCAAAGAUCUCACCAGUUCUCCAACACGUGCAAGUAAAUAUAAAAAAGCAUUUUCUAAAUCAAAAAGUAAAGAAACUUGCUCUCUUACUCCAUUACAAGCAUUAGCAAUGUUCGUAGAAGCUGAUUUAACUCGUCGGCAAUAUGAAAUAAUUAGAAAUGCUAAUAAAAAAUUCUUCCCUUGUUAUAGCCUUUUACAAAAGGUAAAACAAGAAUGCUAUCCACCCGCAGAAUCAUGCAGAGUAAUUAGUACCUGUGCGGAGCGCGAUUUACAGUCUUUAGUUGACCUUACAGUUACGCGCUUGUCAAUAUUCCUAGAAGAGGUCCUGAUAUUAUUGAAAGAACAAGAACGAGAUAACCUGAAGAUAAUUUGUAAAUGGGGUUGCGAUGGAUUUCAGCAAUCUCAGUUCAAACAAAAAUUUGAAAAUGAUGCCGACUCAGACGAGAACAUAUUAUUUCAGAGCUAUUUCGUUUCUCUACGAUUGGUUUGUGGUAAAGAUGAAAAAAUUGUAUGGGCAAACCCAACACGUUCUUCUCCACGGUACUGUCGACCUAUAAGAUUCCGAUUCGUUAAAGAGACUACUGAUAUUACGGAAGAACAAAUAACUGUUGUGAAAAUAUCUGGUAAGUCGCUAUACGCAACAGAGGUGGACACAAUUUUUGGUUAAACAUGUGUUUAUUAUGACAAUUGUAGACGGAAAGGUCUGUAAUGCUGCCACUGGUACAAAAUCCACAAGCCGAUGUUACAUAUGUGGUGCAACCUCUAAGUACUUAAACCAAUUUUAAAAGCCUGAUUAAUCAUGAAGCUAGAGUUUGGGCUUUCAGUUCUACAUGCAAGGAUUCGUCUUUUUGAAAGCACUUGGCUUUUAAAUUGCCAGUGAAAAAAUAGACAGAGAGAAAAACAAAAAUGGAAAAAAAUAUUGAAAAAGAAAGAAAACUGGAAAUCCAGAAAAGAUUUCGCAAUGAAACUGGUUUGUUGGUGGAUAUACCAAAGGCAAAUUUUGGCAACACAAAUGCUGGAAACACGAGCUGAAGAUUUUUUGAAAACCCGAAAGUGUCUUCCGAAAUAACGGGCAUUAGUUAUGACCUAAUUUUUAUAUCAAAGGUCAUACUAGAAAGGAUUUCGAGCGGACAUAUAAUUGAUCCGGAAAAAUAAGACACAUUCGCAUUAGAUACUGCUCGCUUAUAUGUGCAGCUGUACCUUGGCACCCAAUGACACCAACGAUGACCAAAAUACUUCAUUCAUUUCAAAUUCUUUAUUUACAUAUUUACAAAUAAAUUUUUUUAACAAAGGUAUUUGAUCUUCAAACGCAGUAGAAUUCUUCAGUAACUGAAGUACCUUCUCCUGCUGACCUCAAACGAGUCCCUGGCCGAUGUAACAGCCGUCGAUCACACCGUUGUCAAUUUAUAAAUUGUGGUUUUGUUUAUGUCGCCUCCUUGCUUAAGCAUCAUUAUACAACACUUAUGGUUUGCUUUCUAGAUAUUUUAAUUUAUUUUUGGUUUCCACUGUUUGUCCCUGUAUUUUUAAGUUAGUGAUGAUUCCAUCUGUCCACCUGUGUGUCAAUAUCAUACUAUCUGUUUUAUUAGGAUUUAUUUUUAUUUUGUUUAGUUCCAGAUAAGGAACCAACGUUCCAUUGACGUGGAUAUCCAGCCUUCUGUUUGCGAUUUCAGCAGAAUGCGAUGUUUUGUAGGCACAAGUGUCGUCGGCGUAUAGCGCUCUCUUUAUACCAUUUUGACCCAUGAGUAUGUCAUGAGUAUAUGGUCCUUUUUUAGUAUUGUUUAAUUUAAUAAAAAAUUGUCGGUUAUGUAAGUAUGUUUGUAUUGUUUUUACAAGGAAAACCGGAUAGUCAUUCACAAACAUUUUGUAGAUCAAUCCGUCGAUCCAGACGGUGUUAAACGCCUUCGCAGCAUCAAGCGCAACUAGCACUGUUUGUUUUGAAUUAUUAAACGCUUCUUUUGCGUGGUGAGCAAUGCGUAUCACCUGCGCUAUUGUGCUGUGUUCGGCUCUAAAACCAUACUGUUUCGACGGAAUGAUGGGUUUGUCAGUUUCGUGUAUCUGUAGUCUGGUGAGUAGUAUUCGAUCUAUGAUUUUCGCAAUGCUAUUUAGUAAUGAAAUAGGGCGGUAGCAUUGUUGCUAUUGGGCAGCUGUCUGAAGAAGCUGCGGAAGCACGUAACAAGCAUUUCCGCUCGUACCGCCAAGACUUCACGCGAAAAUUCUCUAGAGAAAAUUGUAACAGGUAUAUUUUUAAUCGCCUGCUUUUAAGUUCAGAUGAAGUGUUUUUUGCCAAAAACAAUUAAUUUAUUAAUUUCUGCAAAGCCGCUUGAAGCUUGAAACUUUGGCAUAAAACAAAAAUUAUAGAUAAUAAUAAUAAUAAUAAUAAUAAUAAUAAUAAUAAUAAUAAUAAUAAUAAUAAUAAUAAUAAUAAUAAUAAUAAUAAUAACCCCGUGAGGGGAACUUGCAACCCCCAUCGGGCGCGUCCUCA